AUGCAUUCGUUUAGAUUGAGUGAAAUCCCAACUAAAAGACAAUCAAAAACCAAGGCGAAAAGCUUAGAUGAUAGUUUAUUAGGAAAUUAUUUAUGUGGUUGUUAUGCAAGACUACAUAACUUGUACGGAAACUGCACUUUUUGUGGUCGUAUAGUGUGUGAACUUGAGAGCACUCAUCAGAAAAAAGUAAUUUGUUUACAUUGCAAUGAGGAAGUCUUUAAAACUGGUCAUAAAUACGAAAUUUUUUAUGAAAAUGACCAGAGUUUAGCUGCAUAUUUCGAAGCGGUUGACAGAAAGGAUAUGUUAUUGAGAUUUGUUGCAACAUCUAAGAGACAGACUAUGAUUAGAGAUCAAGACACAGAUUGGUAUACAGAAGCUGUAAAUCCUUGGAGCACUGAGGAAGAAAGGUUAUAUGCAUUGAAUAUGUCACAAAUGUAUGAUGAGCUAUUUGAGAAAAGAAAAACACUAUUAAAUGUCGAUUUGUACACUGGGGAACUGACUCUAAAUGAGGAUUACAUUAGAAAGGGAAUUGAGUAUUUUCAUGAACAUUUGAGUAAUUUUGUCAAGGAUAGUAGCUUAAAUUUACUUGAAAGUAGCGAACUAGUAGGGAAACUCACUAGAUUUAUUGAGAGAUCUGCCAUAGAAGAUAUAAAAUAUUCUAAAACAACUUCUCUUGUAGAUAAUGGUAGAUUCUAUAAAGUUAGUGACAAUAUUUGGUCUGAUUAG